UUUUUUGUUCGUCUAAGUGAUGUUGUGGAAUAAAUGGAUUCUACGUUGUUUAAUUAUAUUCAAUACAUUUUACUGGAUUACAGGAUGUAUUACUUUAAGUGUUGGAAUUUAUGAAAUCACUUAUAGUGAUUAUCAUUUUCUUCGAGGAAAAUAUGAUUUAGGAUUAUUUACGGGAUCUUAUAUGAUAUGUUCAUGUGGGAUAUUUAUCCUAAUAUCUAGUCCAUUUGGUUGGGCUGGAAUCCUGUCAAGAUCAAGAGGUAUAUCAAUAUCAUUUUGUAUUAUUCUGGUACUGAAUGGUAUUUGUCUACUUAGUUGUGGAAUAUGGUCAUCAAAAUAUUCUGAAAAUAUACACUUUGAAUUAAAUGAAAUGUUUGAUAAUUUACUAAAAAAUUAUGAUGAGAAACGUUUAAUGGUAAAUGAUGAAACUAAAUUACUCAAUUACAUUCAAUAUAAAUUUGAUUGCUGUGGUAAAUUAAAUAUUGAAGAUUUGUUAGAUCGUAAACCAAUUAUUGCAUGUGGAAUGAAACCAAUUGAAAAGAAGUGUAAUUAAUAAUUCAUUCAAUUAGGGAUGUUUAACGAAAGUUAUUGGCACGACAAAAUCAGGUCAAUUUCGUAUUGCAUUUGUUAGCAUCUGUAUAGCAAUGUGGCAGUUUUUCGGUAUCAUUAUUUAUUCCUUCUUCACUUGCUCAAACUGGAAUCAUCAAAGUCACCAUCAUCAUCAUCAUCAAUUUGAUUAUCAAUAUUCGAAAAAAGAGAAUCCAAGGAACUUUAAAUAAUGAUGAAAGUAUAAAGUAAAAUAUGAUAAAUCAUUUUCAAAAAAAAAUAUGAUGAUGGAAAGAAUUUUUGAACAGAAGUAUAUGUUACUAUAAAAAUAUACUGGUAUCUAUGCCAUACAAAAAUGAAUUGACAAUAUUCAAUGAGGAUAAUUAUUUUGAUUAUAUUAAUAAUCAGAGAAAAAGAAAGAUGCCUUGGUUACAACUGUAUUGUUCUUUUUUUUUCUUUUCCAAAUGACUUGUUUAAAUUAAUCA